AUGGCAGCGGCAUCACUCAGCCCUGGCGAUGGCCGGCGUGAACGCCUUUCCAGCAAACCGGCAGACAACCUGAAAACAAUUAUUCUGGCCCUGCAUGGUGACUCCAUCAAGGACAUCGAAAAGGUUCAUUACCUCAACUUCCUCUGCGACAAACUUGCCAAACAACGCAAGGACCCUGCUUUGGCCAACCUUCUCCAGAGCAAAAGCUCGGCCCUCCUCAAGCAGUUACGCCUCCUCAUGGGCACCGACAAUGUCCAACUGCGCGCAGCAACCCUUCGAGCCGUCCGCCAUGUCGUAGCCACCGAUGAGUUGGCGCUUGAGGCGAUUCGACGCGGCUUUGAUAUUUUUACUUGCAUUGCCCUUGAACGUUCGGCCCAGCGCAUGUUUGAGGGCGAACGACACCAAGCCCUGGCGACCGCCCCACCCCUCUGUGUUUCCGCCAAAUCGCUAAUUGUGCCAUUUUCUUUCCCCGUUGCCUCUGAUUUUUUAAAGCUGGCUCGACAGCUCCUCCGCCUCACCAAGCCGGAAAACAUUCCGCGGGCCAUUGCGGCCACGGUAGCGGCACUGGCUGCCGAUUACAAUGACAACCUACAAUUGGCUGCCAUUGAAUUCCUCUGCGAAUUGGCGCUGCGCAACCCUCGGCUCUUGGCCGAAGUCGAUGGCUUUCAGGUUCUUGUUGCCGCGGCCCUGGACUGCCACAACAAUGCGCACAAUGCUCGCAAUCUGGCCAUUGUGCAAACGCUGGUCUACACGGCCAAUCGGGCACCGCACAACUGUGUUGCAGCCCACAACAUAUUUGCCUCUCUGCUGAGCCCGUAUUUGGAUCCUCAUUUCGUGCACAUCAGUGCCCUUGCGCCCGCCUCCUCGGAAAGCUCGCUGCAAACAAAUGUCACCGAAGCUCAAGAUCGCAACAACCGCCUUGCUGCUAGCCGCUUUUCCGUCCUUCACCUUCUUCGCUCUUGGGCUGGCAUUGUCUAUUUGACCAAUGCGGCGCAUGGCCUGACAUCCCUCGUCCGCGUCCUGCACUCACCAUCCAUGGACUCAUCGACUUGCAGCUCGCUGUUGGCAUUCUUCUUUCACUUGUUGCUUUUGCCGCUGCCCACUUGGAGCGAAAACUUUCAAAAAGCCACAGAGUACCGGAUCCCGCCCUACGCCAGUGAUCUCUUGGCUGAAGUCAAGUCGGGUGUUCGCCGCCGGGAUCGCCGCAUUGACCUAUUAAACGUCUACCGCGCCGCCGUGGUGGCUGCCCUGCGCCAAGCUGGAUUGGCUGACACCCUGCUUCAUGUCAUUGUCACCAUGGAAGACGCUUGUAUUCGAGUGCGAGCCAACGUCUUGUUGGCUGAUUUGCUGGAGCUGACGAGCCGUCUCUUGCCCAACGAGCUAGCCCUCAGCCUUCAAGCCUUACCCUUCUUGAUGAGCCUGAGCAGCUCUCCCAACGCAUGCGAGAAGCAGAAAAUGCGUGUCGACGAAGCCAGCUGGAACAUGGACCGCUACCGCCGACAGAUGCUGACCAUUUAUCAGCAAGAGCCGCUGCCCAUUGACAUGGCCGAAGCCACCCGCCACAUUGAUGAAGUGGAGGACACCUUUUAUUUACAGCGACCCAAUUACAUGAACAAGCUCAAGUGGGAAUUGAGUGAGGCCGCCUUCAUGCAGGCGCUGCGUGACACCAAAGUCAUGGAAAGCAAAGACAUGCUGAGUUGGAGCUGGCCGCACAUUCUCGAGGUGUGCGAUUCGGCAUUUUUGUACCCCAAAGGCGCGAGCGAAGCUCUCCCUUUUCCCCGUUUUGUUCGCCGCAUCCUUUCCUACUUCCACACCGACUCUCCUUUUCGGACCCAUCCCUUUGAGGAGCACCAGAUGAGCAUUUACACCCGCGCCGGCACGAUUCUCCUCUCCAACCUCGUCAAGUACCAAGACGGCUGUGACUGCAUCCGGCAAUCCGACUUCUUCAAAACCCUUUUGGCUGCCCUCAGCGACAUUUCCCCCGAUAAAUCCGUGUUCUCGGUCCAGGCUGUCAGCUCGACGUUAACGCGCGACUAUUUUCGCCUCAUUGCCUGCAUGUACUCAACCCAAAGUGGCCAAGCGCUUUUGCAAGAGCACAUCACCACACGCCUUCAUAAGUGCCUGUACAAGGAACGUCGUGAUUUGGGCGAGCUGAUCAUUGAUUCGUGCAAUCCCCAGCGCUCCAAAGCCGUCCGCGGACUCUACAAAUUUGCUCUACGCAAUGGCUCGGAGAAUUUGCAAAUCAAGGUGUUGGCCAAGCUAGAUGUUUUGGCAGUGCCGACGCGAGCCGACGAUGUCAUCGAAUUUAACAAGUGGAUCGUUGAGCUCGUCGUGCAUACCAUCCUGGAAUCGAGACCUGGGAAAGCGCGAACGGGCGCCGUCAACACUCUUUUGUCUCUGUGUUCGACAGAGGACUUUUGUGCGCUUGCCCUCAAGCAGCAUGAGGUUAUGCUAAAGCGGUCUCAAAGCCUAACGGAUCCGCGCGAGAUCAAGGACCUUCAAAUGCUCAUCUCGCGCUUGGAGUUGCGCUUGUUUGGGGCUCGUGAAUGCUUCCGCCAGUUUUUGGCUGAGCAUCCCAAGAUUGUCGAGCAACAGCUCUCACGUUGGGCAAGCUCGCGCUGCUUGCGAUAUGUGCACAAGGUCGAAGAGGCGCUGAAUCGCGACUUGUAUGCCGAUCCAGGCAAAUUGUUUCGCGUCAAGACGACGCUGGCUACAGAUGACGGCGGGCGCAUGGGUAAAGUGUACGUGCCCACCCAUCUAUACGGCCAGCUUGCCGCACAUGAUUCGGGCAUGGAGUAUCUACAUGAGCACGGCGUUGUAACGCAUUUAUGUAACGAAUACUUUCGACUGAGUCGAGAGUCACUAGACAAUCAGGCGGACUUGCAUCGGCUGCAAAGCGUCAUCUGGUCGCUUUGCCACAUCGCGGGCAACAAGCAAGACUCGCGCGUUUCCAGCAAGCUGAUUGCCAGCAUGUGUCAACUGGCAACAACCACCGCAAUUGCCAUUUGCGUCACCACUUAUCAGAUGUUUCUGCACACUGCUAGAUUGAGCAACAGCAACAUUUGCGUGGCCAUCCCGCUUGAUGUCCACACUCUAUUCCAAGCGCCACAAGACCCGGUCGCGGUGUCUGUGGAGCGCGCCGCGCCGCUUUUUGACAAUGUGGAUCCGAAUGCCAAGGACCCGUACAGCGAAAUCAAGCUUCAGCUGCAAAAUGUUACGAACAUCAUCAACAGCCGUAAGAGCCUAGAUCAGAUGUAUGAGCUGCGCGAACUCGAACCAGAGCUUUUCCAAGAUGUUGGGGUGUUUUUGCACAUGCGCAAGCGACUGGCCUUGCUUCCCAUCAACUUGGGGUUGCGCCGCGAUUUGCAGUCCUUCUUUGACAUGGCCGCCAUUGUUUCGAGUCUCCCUGAGUUUCUUGUUGUGGAGGAUGCUGAGCACAGCAGCGUACCACACUCUCUCUUCCGCAUCGAGGCUGGGCAACAAACCUCAAGUCGUCCUGGCAGCGGCCUGAGUGAGAUCGCUGAUGAAGCACAGCAGAACACACAGGAAAUCUUUGGCACAGCAGAGGAGCAAGAGAUGACAGAUAUCUCCGAAGAAGAAGAUUGGGCCGAGGCCAUUCAACUCGCCUUUCAAGAGGUGGCCGGCUAUCCCCUGGCCAAGCGGGAAACGACGGUAGCCAGUUUCAAUCCCCCCAUCUUGCGUAAAUGGGAGCAAUACGUGGUCGGCAAAAUGAUGGCAGCUGGCCCGUCGGCACCACCGGAAGCCAAUAACCAGCAACCCGGUCGUCGACGUCGAUCAAUGAGUGAUCCAGGCGAGGCGCCCCGCUUUGCACUAAGUGCCCGCACAAGUGCAAUGUCGCUUGAAGGCACCUUGGCCUCCACUCGACCAGAGAGGCGCUCAGUUUCGCCUGUGCCAUCCAUGUCUCUGUCUUCGGCCUCCAUCCUUCGCCGCCGCGAUAUCCCGUAA